AUAUUUCAAGUCAUGCACCUAAGAUUAUUUUGCUUUAAUUUUCCUAAUUUUCCGAAUUUCUGUUUCCACAGAUGCGAUCAGGCUAUGGUCGUUCCAUAUUUGAGCCGCUUCUGCCUCUCAUUUUGGGACGUGAUAGUAGUGGUGAAGUUGCAGCUGUUGGUGCCUCAGUGAAGUCACUAACUGUCGGGCAGAAAGUUUUUGGUGCUCUGCAUCCAACUGCUGUGAGGGGUACAUAUACUGACUAUGCAAUUCUUUCAGAGGACGAGCUGUCUCCGAAACCAGCUUCAGUUACUCAUGUGGAAGCAAGUGCCAUCCCUUUUGCUGCAUUGACAGCAUGGCGUGCCUUAAAAAGCACUGCAAGGAUAGCUGAAGGGAAAAGGCUGUUAGUAAUAGGUGGCGGAGGAGCCGUAGGCUUUUCUGCCAUUCAGAUUGCGGUUGCUACUGGAUGCUAUGUUACAACUACUUGUGGAAAUAAAAUUAUAGAUCGACUAAUGGCAGCAGGUGCCGAGGAGGCUGUUGAUUAUACUUCCGAGGACAUUGAACCAGUAAUCAAGGGAAAAUUUGAUGCUGUCCGGGACACCAUUGGCGUGCCUGAGACAGAAAAAAUAGGCACCAAUCUUUUGAAUAGAGGUGGACACUAUAUGACACUUCAGGGAGAAGCAGCAGCACUAAGCGACAGGUAUGGACUACCAAUUGGGCUUCCUGUGGCUACAGCUGUGUUAUUCAAGAAAAGGGUUCAAUACAAAUCUUCUCACGGAAUAGAAUAUACAUAGAUAUACAUGAGAGCAGACUCGGAAGGUUUGCAUGAGAUACAUAGAUUGUCGGAAGCCGGGAAGCUAUGUACCCGUCG